AUGCGAGAGGAUGGCGAUCUGUUCCUUGCUUCAAGUAAAACAUACAUUGGUUUAGUUGCAAUUGACUUUGGCACAACCUUCAGUGGUUUUGCAUUCGCCUUCAACUACAAAGAAGGCGAGAAAGGUAUCCAUAUGAACAAAGAAUGGGGAGCAGAUCAGGGCUGUCCUACACUCAAGACACCAACUUGCCUUUUGCUUAAUCCAGACAAGAGUUUCAAUUCGUUUGGCUAUGAAGCACAAGACAGGUUUGCAGAGUUAGAAGAAGAGGAAGCUAGAGAAUACUAUUAUUUUGAGAGGUUCAAGAUGACUCUCCACCACAACGAGGUAAGUUUAUCAACCUUCGGCCCCGAAAUACUAGUAAUUAUAAAAGAGGGAAAUUCCUGAAUAGUGAGUAAAUAUUUCCAGAAGUGAACGAGCUUUACAACGGCAGUUAACCGUCAACAGUAAUAACAACAAAACAUCUCAUUCCUCAUCUUAGUUAUAUUCAUUUAUUUGUUCGGUCCAUUGGUUUAUGGCAGUUGUUCAUCACAAAUUAAUAUCCAUUGUUUUGGGAUAGCAAUUAAACUUGAACAGUACUCUGGAGGCCAGCAACGGGAGACACAUGAAAGCUUUGGAAGUUUUUUCACAUUCAAUAAGUUACCUCCACAAAAGAGCUCUUGAAGUCAUAAGAGAGAGGACUGGGGAUGAACAUUUCACGUCCCGUGACAUUCAGUGGGUCUUGACAGUGCCGGCAAUCUGGAAGCCAGCCGCGAAACAGUUUAUGAGAGAAGCAGCUUACAAGGUAUGCAAUCCUCGAGGUAUCUUAAGAAGUUUUAUUGUUUAACGAAAAAACAUUUAAAACCCCCAGUACGAAAAUUAACAAAACGAUAACAAUUUGAUUUGAAUCAUUUUUUCAAAAAUUUAUUUUACUUCAUCUAAAAAUCAAUUUUCCUCUAAUUUAAUUUGCAUGAAUAAAUAUGUACAAAUUAUAGUUUCUAUUUGGCGCUAAAUAUUGCAUGGAUAGUUUCCACGGACGUUACGUGCACCGUUAACGAGAGUAAAGCUCCAAAAGUUUAGUACAAUCAAAGUAUAUCAAAGCCGCUAUCAAAGUCAUCAAGUUCUUCUUCUCAAUUUGACAUUAGUUUUCCAUUUUCAGAGUCUAAAGUAAUUUUUGCAUUCUUCAUCUGAGGUGCCUCAUUCAUCACAUUACAGAUGUGAAAAGAGAAGGCACACAUAAAUAUUUAUACGUUGAAUGUGUCUUCCACCAGGCAGGUGUAGGCUCUUUAUCUAACCCAGAGCAGGUAGUAAUUGCCUUGGAGCCGGAGGCUGCUUCCGUCUACUGCAGAGAACGAAAGAUGAGGGAUUUUUUUUCAGAGAGUGGGAGCAACGAAGCAUCAGUUUCUGAUACUAUUGCCCACACUGAUGUGAAGUACGUGGUGGUAGACAUUGGAGGUAAAUAGUUAAAGCAAUCGUGAAGAAUGUUUCAACGGAACAGGUUAAAAAGAAAAUGUCGCCUUUCUGAAUAUUUUUUCAAAUCAUGAUUGUCCUAUGGGUCGGUUUGACAAAAAUGAUAUCCGUGGAAGCGGAAUUUUCACCCCUUUGUAAGGCCUAUGACCUAUUUAGGAAUGUAGGUGAGUUUUUCCCAAAAUUAUGAAAUACCGCACAAGUAGGCGCGAAGAAACCGAAAAAAAUGUAAACCACAGGAUAUCUUAUCAUUGCAUUGUUUUAGUUUGUCACAAAGUUAGGUGGAACUAUCUGACAACCCCCCCCCCCUCUCUCUUUAUGCAUCCUUCAAGGAUUUCCCUCCCAAGUUAUCCCUAAGGUUUCCCCCAUUACCCUUUUCUUAUUACUAGUAUUCAUAUUUCUAGGAGGAACCAUGGAUGUUACCGUACAUCAAAUUCAAAUGAAUGGGUCGAUCAGAGAGCUUCACAAAGCAACCGGAGGUCCUCACGGCGGAGACAAAGUUAAUGAACAAUUCAGGUCCCUUCUAGAGUCAAUUUUUAGUGCAACAUUUGUUAAGAAUUAUUCCCAGAAUAAUCCCGUUGAUUGGCUUUGCCUCAUGAAUGAUUUCGAAGUAAAGAAACGAGGAAAACGGACCUGUGAAGGUGGCACAACGAGAAUUCGGUUGCCAGCAAGUUUUGUGAGUAAAUUUUCCAGUAAAAAAGGCUGGGAUAUUAAUUCAGUUAUCGAACAACGUUACAGUUUGUCGGAAAUCAAAGUUCAGCGUAAUGAAUUCCUCUGCCUUGACCCACAAAUCAUGAGACAACUGUUUGAGCCUGUCCUCGAUGGAAUUAUCACUCACCUCUCCAACCUGUUCGCCAGAGAGGAAUUGUCUGAAGUUAAAUUUGUCUUCCUGGUUGGUGGAUUUGCUGAUUCGCCACUGCUCCAGGAGAGAAUAAAAAAACAUUUCCACAAAAGCCUUCAAAUUAUGGUACCGCAGAAUGCAUCUCUUGCAGUUGUCCAAGGCGCUGUGAUAUUUGGCCAAAAACCACACGUAUUUGAAUCUAGAAUUAUGACUUCGACUUACGGCAUCCGUAUACACAGAUUGUUUCUUGACGGGCUGCACCCUGAUUCAAAGAAGGAAAUCAUAAACGGAAUUCCCCGCUGUAAAGAUGUCUUCUUCAAGUUUGUUAAAGUCAACGAAGUCGUCAAAGUUGGAGAAAGACGUAGAUUCACAGGCUUUGCUCCUCUGAGAGGGGCGGAAAAGCAAAUCAAAAUUGAUUUCUAUCAAUCGGAUCGCGACGAUGCGGAGUUUGUUACAGAUGCUGGCGUAGAAAAGACACCUGGUCGAGGAUUGAUACUCGAGACGCCCGAAGCUUGGAAAACUAACGACAUCGAGAUCAAUUUGUAUUUUGGUGGAACGGAAAUGAAGGUCACAGUGGUAAACCUCACCAGUAAUACACAAUCAACAGCCUGCCUAGACUUUUUGACAAUUAAUCAGUAA